UUUUUUUUUGUCUCCUGAUGGGUGUGACUGGAGUAUUAAUAAAUGGGCCUCCCAUUAGCAUGGACGAUCCCCCUGGUUCCUUUCAGAAAGUUGGUCCGAUAACACCGGGUCUGGAUUCUGCGGAUACCUCUGUUUGCUAGAUAUCAACUACCCUUUUCUUUUCAUAGUCAAUUUAUAGGUCUCACGUCCUCCGUCCAUGCAUCCGAGCUCCUCCGAAUAUCCCUUUGGUUUUCAUCACUCUUUCUGGUGAAAUCACCCAAUCAAGAAGCCAUGGAUCUGCAGUACGAAUUCCCUUCGCAGAAACAAGAGGCCAACGAAUGGUUCAAUUUGCCUACCGACAUUGAACGUUCCCUCACCUCCGUCUUUGCUCCGCGGAACAUCCUCAUCGUCGGCGCUGGCAUCGCCGGUAUCUCCUGUGCCCUCGCCCUCUCCAAAGAACUCACUCCUUUCGUCCCCGACCUCCAGAUCACCAUCUUCGAACGCCAUGAUAUCCUCUCCACCUCUGGUGGGGCCAUCAACCUCACCCCCGUGGCCCAGCGCCACCUCGACCGCCUCGGCGUCCUAGACGAGCUCGACAAAAUGGGCACAGAAGGCGGCACAGACGUCGAAGCCAUCGAGCUCUUCUCCAGCCGUUCCGGCCGCCAACUAGGCAGCAUCGAUUUCACCGACCAAAAAGGGAACGGGUUCGGCGGAUACAAGGGCCGCCGGGUCAUGCGGAUCAUCCUCUCGGUUGCCAUGCUGGCCGUGGUGGAGCGGACGAAGAACAUCAACGUGGUAUUCGGGAAGAAGCUCAUCCGCGGCGAGGAGAACGACGACGAGGCCACCCUGUAUUUCCAAGACGGCACCACCGCCACCGGCGAUCUGGUGCUGGGCUGCGACGGCGUACACUCAGCCACCCGCACCCACUGGGUCUCGCCGGAGCACCCGUCCGAGUAUACCGGCAUCUCCUUCCUGCAGACCGUCAUCGACUCCAAGAGUAUCAAGUCUCCCAUCCAUUUCCGCUCCACCUCCAUGAACAUCUCCCGCCAGGGUUCGCUCCUGGCGAGCUACUGUGACCGCGAACACGACCAGAUCUUCCUGGCCGCCAUCGUGCAGUUCAAAGAGGCCAAUCUGCCCUUCUGCAAGAUCGAGAGCGGCCAGGACUGGGUCACCCAGCAUCGUAUCAAGAACGCCUUGCAUGAGGAGAUGCAGGCCCGCUUCGGGAAGUCCGGGAUCCCCUGCAUCCGCGAGAUGACGAGCAAAUCGGGCGACUGGAUGCUGUAUCCCGUGUACCAGGUGCGGCCCAACGCACGUUGGCACACAGAUCGGGCGUUGCUACUCGGCGAUGCUGCACAUGCUAUGCCCCCGCGCGACGAAUCCGCCGCCUACGCCCUCGACGACGCAAUCCUCUUCUCCCGCAUCCUCGCCAAACACCGCCACGAGCCGCUCCCCAUCGCCUUCAAAGCCUACGAAGACCUGCGCCGCAACACCGUCAACACGGCCUUCAAGGCGUCACGCCGCAUGUGGGAGAAGAACCGGGACAUGGGUUUCCUGGAGGGCCGUCUCAAAGAAUGGACCUUCCCGCUCUACAUCCGAAACCAUCGACAGCAAAGAGAAGCCGCGUGGGAAUUCGACGCCACGCAGAUCACAAUCCCCAUGCCCGUCGAGGGCGGCUCAUUGUAUUCUCACGGCAAGUCGGACACUUCAUAGAACUUGAGUCAUCUUGCCUUGUUUUUGCUCGGUUGGGUACGGUUGGGUUGGGACUGGUCGGUUGGUUGGUCGGUCGGGAUGGGCGGGUUGCAUUAUUGGAGUACUGGGUCAUACGGGUUUUUGCAUAGCAUUUCUUUGAUGAGAUAUGAUAGCGCUACUAUUGCUGCUGUUGUGCAUUGAAUGGGCUCUUUUUAUUUUUUAUUUUUUUUUAAAUAGAUGUGGGUCUUUCGGUCUGGUGGUUGGUCUAUAAAGUCGGUCUAAUGGGGUCUUCUUUCUGUGUUUGGGUUAAUACUACUUCCUGAAAGAGAAAUACUAUCUAUCUGCUAUCUACUUAACUCGUUUGCAAUUAAUACUUCCUCCACUCUUGUUGGUGCUACGGGCGCUUUCGUUUUCUCUAGUGUUGGUCUACGAAGGCCCGGUUGUGGGGUGUGAUGGUAUUGUGUGUACUCCGAUGCUGUUGUGUUGAGUGUGUCAGGCUAAGCUAACCGUCGAGUGGUUGAUAGACGGUUAACUAGUAACUCCGAGAAUGUAUAUAUACCUCUACAAAUCCACUACGUAUUAUCAAC